UUUCAUGGCGAGAUUUUUCGGAUGUGGGGGGAGGGCGAAUCCGCAACUUUCUCGACAUUUUUGCCCGUAAACAACCCCCUAACUACUAACUUUUGGAUUCCUCACAUUGGCGCUUUUGAUCAUUUUGUGGGAGUUAUUUUUCUUAACGAUGGAAUCCGGGAGAAUCAGCCAGGGGGGAGGAAAAGGAUUUCGGGGAGGAAAAACUUUGCAUCGUCCUUAAACUUGCGCUUAUCUUUUUGGCUCAUCCUUGCGAGCAAGAAAAAAGAAAAUGUCUUUGGAGCUUUUUCGGAAUUCUUACUUUUGAAGCUGCCUGAUUCAACUUUAUCGUCAUUCUUGCACGAUUUAAUCUUCCCCCCUUCUUCUCCUUCCCAAAAUGUCCUCCCAAGUUUGGAGCGCCUUUGUUGGCUUGUACGGGAUGCUGUGCGUGCUGGCCUGCUGCUGCGAAGGCGCCGUGCAGCUGUCCCCCAACGCGACCAUAUUUGAGGACAAAUGCAAGAUGACGACGACGUGCGAGGCGCUCAAGUACAAUACAUGCCUGGGUUCACCUCUGCCGUACACGCACACGUCGCUUGUCCUGGCAGAGGACUCCAUCUCCCAGGAGGAAGCUUUUGAGAAGCUCACCAUGUGGUCUGGUUUGCGCAACGCUCCUCGCUGUUGGUCCGUCAUCCAGCCGCUGCUGUGCGCGGUCUACAUGCCCAAAUGUGAAAACGGACGGGUGGAGCUGCCAAGUCAAAGUUUGUGUCUGGCCACCCGUCGCCCGUGUAGCAUCGUAGACCAGGAGCGCGGAUGGCCCAACUUUCUCAAAUGCGACAAAUUCCCAGUGGGCUGCUCGAACGAGGUUCAGAAGCUAAAAUUCAACACGUCGGGCCAGUGUGAGGCGCCGCUAGUCAAGACGGACAUCCAGUCCAGCUGGUACAAAGACGUUGAAGGCUGCGGCAUCCAGUGCGACAACCCGCUGUUCACCGAAGAGGAGCACGAUGACAUGCAUGCCUACAUCGCCUACUUUGGCACCAUCACCCUCCUGUGCACUUUUUUCACUCUGGCCACGUUUCUUGCCGACUGGAAAAACUCCAACCGCUACCCGGCCGUCAUCCUCUUCUACAUAAAUGCCUGCUUCUUCGUGGGCAGCAUCGGUUGGCUGGCGCAGUUUAUGGACGGCGCGCGUGAAGAGAUCGUGUGCAAGAGCGACAACACUAUGAGACUCGGCGAGCCCUCUUCUUCCGAGACCUUGUCAUGUGUCACCAUCUUCAUCAUCGUGUACUAUUCGCUCAUGUCGGGUGUGAUUUGGUUCGUGAUGCUGACCUACGCUUGGCACACCUCCUUUAAGGCGCUCGGCACUACCCAGCAGCCGCUCACCGGGCGCACUUCCUACUUCCACAUGGUCACCUGGUCCAUCCCGUUCAUUCUCACUGUUGCCAUUUUAGCCAUUGCAGAGGUGGAUGGCGACUCGGUGAGCGGAAUCUGCUUCGUGGGCUACAAGAAUUACAGGUACCGCGCCGGCUUUGUGCUGGCGCCCAUCGGCGUGGUGCUGGUGGUUGGUGGCUACUUUCUCAUUCGAGGUGUCAUGACGUUGUUCUCGAUCAAAAGUAACCAUCCUGGACUACUGAGCGAGAAGGCAGCUAGCAAAAUCAAUGAGACCAUGCUUAGACUUGGCAUAUUUGGGUUUUUAGCAUUCGGGUUCGUGUUCAUCACCUUUGGCUGUCACUUUUACGACUUCUUCAACCAAGCCGAAUGGGAGAGGAGCUUCAGGGAAUAUGUGCUUUGCGAGGCUAAUGUCACCAUCGCCUCCCAAAGCAACAAGCCGAUCCCGGAGUGCACCAUUAAGAACCGACCUAGUCUAAUGGUGGAGAAAAUCAACCUGUUCUCCAUGUUUGGCACCGGCAUCGCCAUGAGCACGUGGGUGUGGACCAAGGCCACCAUCCUCAUCUGGAAGCGAACAUGGUGCAAGAUCAUUGGACGUGGGGACAACGAACCCAAGAGGAUCAAAAAGAGCAAGAUGAUCGCCAAGGCCUUUGCCAUGCGGAAGGAGCUGCACAAAGACCCCGAGAAGGAGUUGUCCUUCAGUAUGCACACGUUGUCACAUGAUGGACCCGUAGCUGGGAUCAACUUUAACAUCAACGAGCCGUCCAAUGACAUGUCUUCAGCGUGGGCGCAGCACGUGACCAAGAUGGUGGCCCGACGAGGCGCUAUCUUGCCCCAGGAUAUCUCGGUCACUCCCACAGGAACGCCAGUUCCUCCACCAGAGGAGAGGAACAGGUUGUGGAUGGUGGAGGCCGAAAUCUCCCCAGAAAUGAUCAAACGAAAGAAAAAGAAGAAAAAGAGGAGGAAGGAGGUGCGCACUUCCGCAGAAGAGGAGGCCAUCCCAGCAGCGGAUCCCCAUGCUUAUCCUCAGCGAGAGUUCGGCCGCAGUUCCGUGCCCCGCCUCCCCAAGCUGCCCUGCCAUCCCGGCCUGAUGGCUAACCUGCGGGAGCUGCAGAUGCCGGAGGACAAUGUCCUACCGGGAUCCUUUCCGCCGUUGCCCGGUGACGAGCGCUGCCGCUUGCCGCCCUAUCGGAGUAGCUACGUGCGAGACGUGUUCUCAGACCGGCCGGAGGACCUCGGUCUUGGCCGGCGCUACCCGGCCAGCUGCCUCCAGGAGGGCCUGUCGGAGAGAAUGGCGCACGUGGCGAGGGUCCCCGCGGGCCGGCGUGUAGGGUACGGUCCCAUUCACUCGCGGACUAACCUGAUGGAGGCGGAGCUUAUGGAUGCCGAAUCAGACUUCUAAAUUGCACUGACAGUAAGCUAAGAAAAAGUGCUGGAUACUUUCAAAGUUAUUAUGUGCACCUACAUUGAACAAAGCUGUUUUAGUUCUUUUUUAAAGCAAAGGGAUAAUGAACAAAAAAAAAAAAAAAAACUUUUUCCAUCCAAUACAACUUUACAAUAGUACAGAUGAGGCAGCUAUAAAAUGGCUUGAAAGAACACUACUGUGCAGAUUAUUCUGAGAAGCUUCUUCUUGUGACAUGGCAGGUAACCAUUGAAGUAGACUAAACUAUUUUUGCAUACGUACUGUGUCUCUUCUGGCCAGUAAACACUCAAAAUGGUCAUGUAUGAACUUUAAAGUAUGUUGCUUUUACAAUAUACUCAACAAUAGAAGGAAAAAGACACUUGUUUUGUCGUAUAAUUUCAAAUUUUUUAGUUUUCCCCUUUUUUAAUGAGUGACACAAUCUUUAAAGAAAAAAAAAAAAGCACACGAUGCACAGUAGGUAGCAAUGUUUCACUUUCUUUUAGUAUUAUUUCAAUACACAAAAUCCUUGUAUUGCAUUCCAUGUUCCACAAUGUCUCUCUUUGUGAUCGUGUAUAUACUUUGUUCAUAUAUGUCAUGCAAAGUAUUAUUUGUACAGAUUUACAGUGUAUGACAAAAGUCAGUACACCCUUCGCAUUUCUGCUGAUAUUUAAGUAUAUCUUUUCAUGGGACAACACUGACAAAAUGACACUUUGACACAAUGAAAAGUAGUCUGUGUGCAGCUUAUAUAACAGCUUAUAUAGAGUACACCCCUUAGAAACUACAUCCCUAAAUGUCCAAAUUGAGUACUGCUUGUCAUUGUCCCUCCAAACAUUAGCGGAGUUUAAGGGGGGGCCAGCCCCCCCCCGGUGGCCGAAAAGUGUCAUUGCAUGUCAUUGACUUUCCUAUAUAUAUUUAUAAAAGUUGUAAAGCAUUAAAGGAAACAACAAAAAUGAAUGAAAUGAACAAGAAAGAUAUUUUUUGUAACUUGUCAAAAUUUUUGACGGUCAAUUGCUUUGCAUAUUAUUAAAAAAGAAAAAAAAUUCGG